AUGGCGGCGACGCUAGCGGCGAGGAAUAUCACCUCGCAGUUCCUCAAGUAUCGCAUGGAGUACAAAAGCAAGAAGCACCGCUUCGGCAAGAGUCUCCUGGGAACGACAGGCUUGUCGUCCGGAAAUGCAGUCGUUUCCUCUCCAAUUAGCUCUCGAGGCCGCCAGCGGCUGCUCUCUCAUCAGUCAGAUGAAGAGGAAGGAGUGGAGAUGACGCCGACAAACCAGCAUCUGCCGCCUCUCUGGGCAGACAUGGUGGAAGAGGCGCACGACGACGUCGAGCAAAUUAAAGAGAAAAUGUCGCAGCUCCAGAAGGCGCAGCAGCGGCGCCUGCUCAAAGUUUUCGAUGACGGGGAAGGCCACGCGAAUCCGGACCGGGAAAUCGACGCUCUAACGGCCAACCUCACGCAUCUUUUUAAGCGGUGUGAAGGACGCAUCCAGCAAAUCUGCGUGACGCAGACACCCGACAGCGACACGCGGUCCGACCAGCUGCUCCAGCGGAAUGCUCAGCGCAGCAUUGCUGCUCAGCUUCAGGCGUUGAAUGCAGCGUUUCGAAGUCAACAAAAGACGUAUCUUGCAGGUGAACGGCGAUGCCGGCGCGAAGGUGUGGGUUUCGCCGACGACAUGCUGUCAGAGCUUGCUCUGAUGGAACAGGACGCAGACUUGCGGCAAGGAGAACUCGCGAAAAUUGCCCAGUCGAUGGCCGACCUUCACCAGAUCUUCAAGGAUCUCUCCAACCUUGUCAUCGACCAGGGAACGAUUCUUGAUCGCAUCGACUACAACGUGGAGCAAGUUCUGCAGAAUACGACUCAAGCCAACGUCCAGCUUCGCAAAGCUGAGGAAAAUCAACGGAGCGGACGCGCCGCCAAGUGCAUCGUUUUUCUUGUUAUCACUAUCUUCUUUUUGCUCGUUCUGUUAAUCAUGAAGCACACCUAA